GAGUUUGACAAGCGGAGAAAAAACUAUAUUAAAAGCGGUAUUCACACGUGUUUGACAAGAUUUUCAAACAGUUUGCAAACGAAACACAAGACCAGAAGAAAAGAUGGGACGCGGAAUGAAAAGAAAUCGAUUCGCACAGAAGCGACGAGAGCGCAAGGAGCAAGGAACAAAGGACCCCAACGUCAAACCGGAACGAGCACCAUAUCAAGAAAUCGUGAAGGAAAAUGAAAAGUUUGUGCGCUAUUAUCAACAUGCCGGAAUUUGUCCAGAAACCGAAUGGAAUGACCUGCUCGAGACAAUUCGCAGCGAUUUACCGGCAACAUUCCGUUUGAGUGGCUCGAAGAAUACAGCUAAACGAUUGCUUGAAAUCAUUCGAAAUGAAUUUUUCACCAAAUAUGUGUCAGAAUCAAUUGUUGAAAAUGUGAAAAAGGCACCGAUUUGUUUGCCUUGGUACCCGAACCAAAUGGCUUAUCAAUUGGAACUGUCACGCAAAGAUAUCCGACGAAGCGAAUCACAUUACAAAUUGCACAAUUUUCUGAUUGCCGAAACUGAUGCGGGCAGUAUUAGUCGACAGGAGGCAGUGUCAAUGAUACCGCCAUUGGUACUUGAUGUGAAGCCUCAUCACAAAGUGUUGGACAUGUGUGCAGCGCCUGGUUCAAAAACGGCCCAACUCAUCGAAGCUCUUCAUGCUGAUGAAGCGAUACCGUCUGGUUUUGUUGUUGCCAAUGAUGUCGACAACAACCGAUGCUACAUGUUGGUGCAUCAAGCAAAGCGAUUAAACUCCCCAUGUUUCGUUGUUGUCAAUCAAGACAGUUCAUGUAUGCCAGCAUUCAGAACGCCCGAAGGUUCAAUCUUGAAAUUCGACCGUAUUUUAUGUGACGUGCCAUGCACUGGCGAUGGAACAAUGAGAAAGAAUCCGGACAUUUGGAAGAAAUGGCAUUUGGGCAACGCAUUGAAUUUGCAUGGUACUCAGUAUCGCAUUGCGCGCCGUGGCGCCGAGAUGCUAGAUAUCGGCGGUCGUCUUGUGUACAGUACAUGUUCACUGAACCCAGUCGAAAACGAAAGUGUGCUGCAUCGUUUGCUGAAAGAUGCUGAAGGCGCAUUAGAAUUGGUUGAUGGUUCCGAAUUGGUGCCUGGCUUGAAAUACGCACCGGGAAUCUCUUACUGGGAGCUAAGCGACAAAAAUUGCGAGAAAUUCUACAAAACAUUCGAUGAAGUUCCAAAAGAACUACACACGCAAAUUCGUCCCCAAAUGUUUCCACCAUCAGCGGAUGAAGUAGCCAAAUAUUCGCUGGACAAGUGUAUGCGUAUUUUGCCUCAUUUCCAGAACACAGGCGGAUUCUUUGUGGCUGCGCUAACAAAGAAAGGUCCAUUGCCAUGGGAACGAAAACCAAAAGAAUCAAAAAUGGAACAAGAUGUUGCUGCCAGUGACGAACAUCAGCCAGACGCUCCGGCUGGAGAAGUGGAAGAGAAACGCGUUCCAUGGGGUCCACAACGCAAAAAACGACGCAUUUAUGGCUACAAAGAAGAUCCGUUUGUAUUUUUCACGGAAGAAGAACCAGUAUGGCAAGGAAUUCAAUCAUUCUUUGACAUUGAUAACGACAAAUUGGAUGCGUUCAAGCCAACGCAAUUGUUGACACGUUCAUUGGUUGGCAAAAAGAAGAACAUUUACUUCUGCUCGCAAGCGGUCAAGGAAUUGGUACAAGCGAAUGAAGAAAAUGUGAAAAUUAUUAACACGGGUGUUAGAGUGUUCGCCCGGUGUGAUCAUCGUCACAUGCGUUGUGAAUUCCGUUUGGCAAACGAAGGAUUGGAAGCAAUUUACGAUGUGAUUGGUGAUCGUCGUCGUAUUGAUGUCACCAAAAACGAUAUGAUCUCGUUGCUAGAGCAUAACGACGCACAAAAUCCACCGCCACUUGAAAUGCUCAGCCAACAGGUGAACGAACGAAUGCAAAACAUUGAAGCGGGCAGCUGUUUACUCGUGUACACCGAUGAAGCUGGAUUCACACUCAAGGCUGUCGGUUGGAAGGGAGCCAAAUCACUUCGUGCAUAUAUAGAUCUAAACGAUUCCAUCCAUUUGCUGCGAUUGCUGGGAGCGGACGUAUCGAAAUUUGUAGUGAACAAAUUCCAGAAGAAAGCCGACGAAGACAACUCUGCUGAAAAUAUCACAGAUGAAAACACCACUGCAAAAGACGGCAACGUUUUGAUAAAUACCAAUGAUGAUGAGGAUAACAAUUCACAGGAAGACAUCACCGAUGAUUUAACCAAUUAAAAUCAGAAAUAGUUGUUUUCUUGCUUUCAUUUAUUCUAAAAAAAAAAUAAAAUUCUUUCACAUUAUUGUUUAACAA